ACCAGUGAGUCAGCGACAUAGGGCGUCGUCAAUAUUGAGCUUCCGUACUGUUUUCCUCUUGUUAGCUGGUAUAAGUUAGUCUAAUUGUGUAUCUUUUAUUUUGAAAACAUCCUACAGCAAUCAUCACAAUACAUGUCGCAGCUUGAGACACCGUACGUCUGUGCUUUAAUCUUGUUUUAGGAAAACAUUUACCUUUGUUACCUAUUAGCCUAGUACUAGCUAGUUUUCAGUUCAUGUAUGAACGUUUCGAGCUAGCAUGUUACCUUAUCAGCUCAAAACUUGAGAAAAUGACUCACAAAGUUAUUGGCAAAAUAUACCAUCCUCAGCAGUCUGUAGCUAGCGUUUGUGCUAGACUAGCCGACUAAACAUUUUAACUGUACGAUAAUCUAUUUGCCUCAAAAUACUAUGUACGUCACAGACACCAAUAGCUGGACAACUAGAUAAUUUGUCUGGCUACGUAUUUUUCAUCUGCGAAUCAAGUGUUUUAGAAGAAGUAUGAGUCGCCACAACAACAGACAGGUGUCCUCGUACCAAAACUACCAUGGCCAACAUUCAUCGUUGAAAAGGGACGGUGAAGAUUCCUGUGGAGAAUUUGCUCAACGUAAACUGUCAAGACCCAGUCAGGACGUUACCGCUAGCAUACCUGCUGCUGGCUCGAUACCCUCUCUCCAGACUCUGAGCGCAAGGCGGCAGAUGUACGAGAGGGAUUUCCCGUUGUACAAACAGCCGGUGGAAGUCGGGUGUUUCUCCCUAGAUUCGGAGCGCAGGUUUUAUAACGACGAUAGGCAGCUGCGGUACUACGUGGAACCAGAGAGAGGCCCAAAUUUCAAGCUGAGUGACGGUUAUCCUGACCGGUAUGUGAAGAGGGAUGAUGGGGUGAAGGAGCGUCUUGACCACAUUCUGAAGUGGAUCUUAGCGAACAGAUCCAAGCUUGAGAUGUCCAAUGCUGCAGCGACCCGGUCAUCCACAACUUGCGCUUUGGGGGUGGAUUUCGUCACGUGGCGGGGCCACUUGACCAAGCUGCUCACCACGCCUUACGAGACGAGGGAGGGCUGGAUGCUGGCGGUGACGCGCCUCGGCGGCACGCUGUACGUGAGCGAGGUGGAGACCGAGGCCGCCCGCCGGGACCGCGAGGCCUCCUCGGCGAGGCAUCAGGAGAUGAUGUACUGGGGCUACAAGUUCGAGCAGUACACCUGUGCAGCCGAGCCCAGGGGCCGUCCAGACGCGGGGGGCGUGGUCAACACCAACGAGGCGUUCUGCACGGUGGUGCGCACGCGGCUGGCUGCUCACUCGCUGCUCUUUUCCGGGGAGGUGGACUGCCGGGACAGGGAUCCCGAAGCCCCGCCGGCCCCCGCUUGCUACCUGGAGCUCAAGACGUCAGCUGAGAUCUGCACCCCCAAACAGCGCAGCAACUUUCACAGGUUCAAGCUGCUGAAGUGGUGGGCACAGUCUUUCCUUCCUGGAGUCCCCCGAAUCGUCGCCGGUUUCCGUGACGAUGACGGAGUAGUGGUCUCCGUGGAGACGUUCCAGACCUCUAAAAUAUCCCAGCUCAUUAAGAAUGAACACAACUGCUGGAAACCAACCGUCUGCAUGAAUUUCUGCUCCGACUUCCUGUCCUUUGUCAAGAGUGUGGUGAGGGAGGAUAACCCUAGGGUGGUGUACCUCUUCUCCUGGGAGCCACACAGAGACGUCUCCUACUCAGUCCACAGGGACACGCAGUACUGCUUCCUGCCCGAUUGGUACGUGAGCAGAAUCACACACCCCCAGAGUGGAGAAGGAGCUGGCCCACAUCGCUCCCAAACGCUUGGCAGAGGGUAUAAUAGCCAUGAAUCUACAAAGAACCCUCAGGGGCAUUGAGGCCUGUGUGAUUUUUGCAGCUGGCCUGUGUAAUCUCGCACAUUGGUCGUUUGCUUAUCCCCUUGCGUCCCAACAGCGAAGUAGUAACCGUGGAAACUGCUGACACAAACUGCUGGUCAAGAAUCCCUUCAAAUGUAAUCAAAUUGGAAACUGAGCUCAUCUCUAGAAAUUAAAAUGUAAAAAUUGCCUCUUUUUUAAUUUUUUGUAAAUCAUUCAAGAAAUAAAUGGUUGGUUGCUUUCUGUCA